UUCGUGCGCUAGAAUGGGUAGAUCUUUAUGACUUUUAAGAAAAUAACAACCAUUGUAAAGGAAUGUUCAUUUCAACAGUUACUUUGGCCACCCUGGUCGUCAUCCCGGUACUGGUGAAAAUAUGCUGCCCCUACUUUUGGGACGAUGUUGUUUACCUUAAGGAUUUGCUUCGGAUUCUGGUCACGUUUGUUUUACGCAGGAAGAGGAGACCUUUGUUUUUAGCCGUGGACCGUUUCAUAGAGCAGUCUGUCUUGCAUCCUAAAAGGACAUUCAUCUUGUUUGAAAACAAAUCAUAUUCUUACCAAGACGCUGACAGGGAGAGUAACAAAAUUGCAAAUGCAUUGCUGGCACAUUCCAACUUGCAACCAGGGGACACCGCCGCCCUGUUUAUGGGGAACGAGCCCACCUUCAUGUUCACCUGGCUGGCACUGGCAAAACUCGGCUGCCCCGCUGCUUUCCUGAACCAAAACAUCAGAUCCAAGUCCUUGCUUCACUGUUUUAAUUGUUGCAAUGCGAAGCUGCUUAUUGCUAGUGCAGAGCUCCAGGGUGCUGUUAAGGAGAUCAAGCAGGCUCUUCAGGAGAAGGCUGUCGCCAUCUUCAUUUUGGCAAAGGAGACCAACACCGCCGGUUUCACCAGCUUCACAGACAAAGUGGAGUCUGCCAGCGAUUUUCCCAUUUCCCGCUCUCACCGCGCGCAGAUCACCUUCACAAGUCCAGCAGUUUACAUCUACACUUCUGGCACGACAGGCCUGCCCAAAGCUGCCAUGAUCAGUCAGACGCGUCUGUUGGCUGCGCUGGCCGUGCUGGCGUCCAAUGGGGUCACUGCAAGUGAUGUCAUCUACCUCAACCUCCCACUGUUCCACACUGCAGGGUUCCUCAUUGGCUUCAUAGGAACUAUUGAGACAGGUUCGUCUAUCGUCCUACGGAGAAAAUUCUCAGCUUCGCAAUUUUGGGACGAAUGUAGGAAAUACAACGUCACUGUUAUCCAGUACAUAGGAGAGGUCUUACGGUAUCUUUGUAACACGCCAAAGAAAGAAAAUGAUAAACAACACCAGGUCAGGCUUGCUAUUGGCAAUGGCCUUCGUGCAGACGUAUGGAGGGACUUCCUUGAUCGCUAUGGCAACAUCCGGGUUCGAGAGUUCUAUGCUUCCACGGAGGGCAAUGUGGGCUUCGUCAACUACACCAGCAAAAUUGGGGCCAUUGGCCGGGUCAACAUUUUUCACAAGGCACUAUUCCCGUAUGCCCUGAUCAAAUAUGAUCUGGAGAAAGACGAGCCGGUUAGAAAUUCCAAUGGUCUCUGCAUUGAAGCUGCAAAGGGAGAGACAGGGCUGCUGGUCUCCAGGAUCACCAACAUCGCCCCCUUCGUGGGGUACGCCAACAACCGGCAGCAGACGGAGAAGAAGAAGCUCCGAGACGUCUUCAGGAAGGACGACCUGUACUUCAACAGCGGAGACCUGCUGAGGGUCGACCAGGACAACUUCCUGUAUUUUCAGGAUCGCGUUGGAGACACCUUCAGGUGGAAGGGGGAAAAUGUUGCGACAACAGAAGUCUCAGACAUGGUCGCGAUGAUCGACUUUGUGAAGGAGGCCAACGUAUAUGGCGUUCAGGUUUCAGGCCAUGAAGGGCGAAUCGGGAUGGCUGCUGUAACGAUAGCAGAAGGAAAAAAGCUGGACUGUGAUAGAAUGUACAGCCAUGUUGUCAGCCAUCUCCCGGCGUAUGCCCAGCCACGUUUCAUCAGAGUCCAGAAUGCCGUGGAGGUCACCGGAACCUUCAAGCAGCUGAAGAAGAAACUGGUGGAGGAAGGCUUCAGUCCCGCCCUCAUAACAGACCCCCUUUACUUCCUGGACGACAAGAAGAAGAGCUAUGUAGCCAUGACUGAGGUCCUUUACAAGGCAAUCGUCUCAGGAAGCAUAAAACUAUGAUAUUGUGCAUACAGUUGGUUCCAUACUAAUAAAUGUCCAGUACAUUGUGCUGCACAAAAAAACCCAGAACGUUUUUAUAGUAUAAAAACAUCCCAUGUAAAAGGUCCAUUCUGUUUUCAAUGGGUGCAGCAUUUUCAGUGGGUACUGCACUUUUCUGCACAUCACCUUGUAUGACUUGUUUGGCCAGUAUUGCCAAUGUUCAUCUCAGGGAUAAGAGACUGAUAGUUUGCCUUAAAAACAACACUUAAUGGCCCUACCGUGGCGCAUAUGGUAGGGCACACAUUUGCUCUGUGGCCGACCCGGGUUCGGUUCCCGGCCCGGGUACUUUGCCGACCCUUCUCCGUCUCUCUCUCCCAACUGGCUUCCUGUCACCAUCUGCACUGUACUAUCAUGAAUAAAGUAAAAAAGACCAAAAACAACAUCUUUAAAAACAACACUUAAUGCCGUAGCGUAGCCUCUUAACACUUGUCGUUCCACCAGUUGAACGCUAUAAUGGUCACUGAAAAAACUUUACAAUCACAGUGCCACACCACUAUGACAGACAGGGCCCUUUAGUAAUACAGUACAACUUGGUCAUUGUCAUUCUGGUAAAAGCUAAUUUAUAACAGGGGCCGUGUUUUACUGGGUUAACAAGAUUGCAUCUUUUUUCUUAUUAUUAUGUCCUAUUUUCAUUGCAAUAGAAAUGAUGUUCAUGGUUGCACUGUGGUGGUAAAUGUGCAGAUUGUGCACACAUCCACGUCAAAUACUCCCGGCCUGACUGAUUUACCCUACUUGACUCAAGGACAAUUCCAAUUCACUGAUAGUGUAUCUCAUAACUUUGCAGAUAAUGGUUAAACAUUGAUACAGCCAACUGCAGUAGCAUUCUAGCGGUUCAUAGCUGUGUGUGCGUGUGCGUGUGUGUGUGUGUGUGUGUGUGUGUGUGUGUGUGUGUGUGUGUGUGUGUGUGUGUGUGUGUGUGUGUGUGUGUGUGUAUGUGUGUGUGAUGUGAAUUUGGCAGUAACUGGUGUAAUCUAGUGAUGUUGUAGGAAUUGGGGAAGGUGCAGCAUAGUGCCAAUAUUUUACAAGCAAAUUUGUGCAAGAAAAUGUACAGCGAUUGUAGAGUAAAAUCUGAUUUAUUGAUGACGAGUACUGUAGAUUGUAGAUGGUUUGUGUUUAAUGCAACACAUUCUUAAAAUGUUACUGGACAUGUUUGUUACAUGUUAUUUAACCCAUUGACGCCUAAGCCACUUGCAAAAAAGGGUGCUGAAUGCCUGAGCCCUUUUUAAGAAAAGCUGCCCUCAGCCUAUAAAAACCUAAAUAUCUCAGCUUCUGAAGCACAUAUAAAUAUGCCCUAAGUUGCAUUUAAACACUAAGACCCUCAUCUUUCAUUGGAAUGUGUUCAUUCAUCUAAAAAAAACAUACAUUUAAAAAAAACUUAUCUCAAAUCUUAUGAGCCUGAAUGUUGCGUAAUGUAGCUGCAGGCGCCAGGGCCAGUGUUGCGCAAUGCAACAUCAGGCACCAAUGGGUUAAAUGGAAUUAAUAUUUAGAUGUCAGACUAUGUACACUAUUUGUCCACAGUAUCAUUCCUAUGUAAUGGAUGUGUUAAUGGCGCAGUUGUGCUUACAGUCUAUAUCCAUCUCACAUCACAAUCAAUGAAUGUUACUACGGUCAUUCUCCAAGUUAAUCCACCUUUUCUCACAGAUAUCUGUGAACAUUACAAUUUUUCAAUAAAUCAGAAUACUAAUUUC